UUAGUACAUACAGUAGUUUUUAAUGUGUUCGUGAAAAUAUAUCAGGAAAAAUACAUUUUAGUUUUGUGAAUUGCUGACAUUAUGCAGUAGUUUUUAUUAUGAAAACUAUGACAAAAAACUCAACACAUAGGGAGGUAUGUGAGAACUGUAUUGCUCUCUGCAAUGCACCAGUGACUGUUAAGAGUUUUCCAGGCUGGUGUAGGAUGACAAAAGUUGUCAAGCAAAGUCCAAAGAUAAUCAGCAUCAGAUCUUUGUUAUUAAUAAGUAACCAAUGAAAGGUGUGGAUGAUGACGCAGAAAGCAAGUUAUGAAUAUCACUGACAAAUCUGACUGUGCUGAAGCCAGGAUGCCAUUAUAAAGGGUGUGAUUCCUGUAACUAAACAACGCUGACUUGGAGGAAUGUAUGAGGCAAGCUGCAGGGAAAAUACAUUUGGUGAGUCCUUCAUUUAAGAACAAUUUGAAAACAAAUGGCUGAGAGACUUCUAGAAAACUACCUGAGUUGCCACGUCUGCUCAGAGACUUUCAGAGAUCCUGUGUCUCUAAGCUGCAACCACAGCUUCUGUUCAAGCUGUUUGCAAACAUUCUGGGAACAAUCUAAAAACAAAAACUGUCCCAUCUGUAAAAGAGAAUCCUCAAAAACAGAUCUGGCUGUGAACUUUGCACUGAAGGAACUGGCUGACUCUUUUGCUGGGAGACAGAAAGCUGGAUCAUCUGAGAUUAACGUGGAGGUGGUGUGUAGCAAACACCAGGAAGAGACUAAAUUAUUCUGUGAGGACGAGCAGAGGCUUGUGUGUGCUGUCUGUGAGUGUUCCCUCCACCAGAGUCACAAAGUGGUUCCCAUAGAAGAGGCAGUGAGUCACCUGAAGGACCAGCUGAAAUCUGACCUAAAGUCUCUGCAGGACAAGAGGGACAAAUGCAAACAAGUGGAGGAAACAUACAAUAAAAUUAUUCAACACUCCAAGAAGCAGCUGUUGUCCACAGAGAGGCAGAUCAGAGCAGAAUUUACCAAGCUUUACCAGUUCCUGAAAGAGGAAGAGGAGUCCAGACUGGCAGCUCUGAGGGAGGAAGAGCAGCAGAAGGGGAAGACUAUCGACAGAGAGGUGAAGAGGAUUCAGGAGCAGCUCUCUUCUCUGUCAGACAGCAUCUCUGUUGUUAAACAAGAGCUGCAGAAACACAAUGUGCCGUUCCUCAGCGGUUAUGAAGACACUCAGACCAGAGCCAGAGCCCAGAGCUCACUGUCAGAUCCACAGCUGCUCUCAGGAGCACUGAUAGAUGUGGCCAAACAUCUGGGCAACCUGUCCUUCAGAGUCUGGGAGAAGAUAAAGGGGAAGGUCCACUUUAGUCCUGUCAUUCUGGAUCCAAACACUGCACACCCCCAUCUUUAUUUGUCUGAUGAUCUGACCAGUGUGAGAGGUAGAGGCACAAAGCAGGAGCUUCCUGACAAUCCAGAGAGAUUCAUUAAAUAUAACAUUGUUAUGGGCUCUGAGGGCUUCAGCUCAGGGAAACACAGCUGGGACGUGGAAGUGGGAGAUCAUUCUAGCUGGUUUCUGGGUGUAACUAAGGAAUCAAUUGAAAGGAAAAGAGAUUGUCCUGCUUUACCAGAAAAUGGAAUCUGGCGUUUAAAGUAUUUCAAGGGAAAAUACACUGAUUGUCUUGGUCAGACUGUGGCAGUGGAGAAGAGUUUUCAGAGGAUCAGAGUCCAGCUGGACUAUGACAGAGGAGAGGUUUCCUUCUACGACCCUGAAGACAUGACUCACAUCUACACUCACAGAGAAACUUUCACUGAGAAACUCUUCCCAUACUUUGAAAUCACAUAUUUUAGUGAUCCCAAAAGUAUUGAGAUCAAAGUCUGUCAAACUGAGAUUUCAUUGUGAUGUUCAGGAAGUUAGUUCAAUGUCCCAACUCUCACCUCCAAAAUAAAAAUCACGAAUUUACAACAAUUUAUCAUCACACUUUAACAGUGGAAUGUGUUCUUGAUAAUCACAUCUUUCAUUUUCUUUCAAUCAAAUUUGAUGCCAGUUAAUUAAUUUUCAUCUCUGUGUCUGCGUUCUGAAGUACAACGUUUUCAGUUUCAUUAAAGUUCAUAUAUAAUGUCUGACAAGGAUGAAAUCUACAUUCUGUAUACAUUUUAGUCAAUGUCUGUUCAGAUUACAUUAGAAAAGGCAAAA